AUGCUUAUAUCAGUCCUUCAAUCGAAUGGAGUCGAUAUAUUAGGCUAUCUUACAACAGAAGAACUGCAAGAAAUCAAAAAAGUUUCAUUAUUUUUCAAUGAAGUAGUAGAUUCUAUAUUGAUGUGAAGAGUCCUUUUUUCAUCUAUAAGUGGAGCACUGAAAGGUUAUAACCCAAGCCCACAGGCAGCAAAAGAUGUAAGAGUAAGAACCAUUAAAUCUCGACCUGAAUCUUCAACAAAGCCUAAGCCAAAAUCUAUUUCUAUUAGAGAAGAAAAAUGCCCAAAGCAAUGAUUUUUCAUCCCGCCUGAUCUUGAAGAGAAAUUAAAACUAAUUACAAUCAACCGCGCUUCAGUUGUCAGAAAAGACCCCAAUUUUUCAGGAAGAUGCUUUGAAGUAUUAGAAACUUGGGCUUCUCUUCUAGUAUCCACUUUAAAAGAAAUAAAAGAAAAAGAAAUCAGAGGAGAAGACACAGAUCCUAAAUCUAUUAUACUUUAUUGGAAAGACAAAAGCAAAAUUUUAUCUGAAAUUAUGGAAGAACUCAAUGAUAUUUGUAUUGCAAAAUUGGAUUCAAUUUUUGUGGACACUCCAAGCCAUAAGAAAUUUAUUAGCGCAAUUAAUAAAUUGAAAAAAGAGUAUGAAGAAGCAAGAGUAAAAAUAAAUUAGGAAAUGUGAAAAUAUGCAGCUAAGAUUGAAGUAAAUUUGGUGAAAGUUGUUGAUGUAAAAACAGCUUAUAAGUUUGGAAAAAGUUUGAUUGAAUCUUUGGAAAAAGCUAUACAAUAUGGCAUUGAAUCGGAUUUUUAGGGUAAAAAUAAAACUUAUUAUUAGAAUAAUUUUAAUUCUUAAUUUAUCGCUUACUCUCCUCUCCGUAGAGAACAAAAAAUAAUGUUCACGGAAGGCGGUUAUUAUUUUUUUUUAAUUUUAUAUAUAAAUCUUACUGCUUUUUUCGAAAUUAAAAAAAUUCAAUUCAUAAAAAUUAAUUUAAUUUGCAAAAUAUAUGUUUUAAAAUGCAAGCUGCUUUAAAUUAAACAGAAUUAGCUAGAGAUUUCUCGCUUAUAUAUCAAAAUAUUUUUCAUAAGAAAUUUUUUCUUUUCGUUUUCGUAGAGUGGAUUUUUACCCAACAAAUAAGGAUUUUUUCCAAUGGUUUUAUUCGCUCAUGGAGGGGGAAGUUAGAUUGACACAUAGAGUAUAAAGAAAGUUGUAAAUAUUUUAAUGAAAAGAGAAUUCUUGAUAUAAUUGGAUCAAUAUGUAAAAUUUACGCAGGCUACCAAUUUUUUCAAAUUUUGGAAAAACAAAUUGAUUUUAAUGAGCUUUUUAAAAGCGAAAGAGAAAUCAGCCUCAAAAAAAUAAAGCAAGCAAAAUUAUUUUCCACAUGAAUAAUUGAUAGCAAAUUGCUAAAUUCUUCUAGCUCCCACUUAGUCAGACCUUCAACAUCCUAUGCAACUGAAAAAAAUCAGCCAAGACCUACAACUCCUUCACUAGGUGCAGGAGUCAUUAAAAGUCAAAAUUUCUUAACAUCAAAUUUACUAUAUUUGGUUACUGUUUUAAAUGAUCUUCACAGCAUGGUCUCAUCAUUUUCACAAAUAAAAGAAAUAGAAAAUCCUUCAAAGAAAACUGUGGAGUUUAUUACUUUAUAUGAAAAAAUUCCUAUUGAAUUCAUAAUUAAAAUGGGGAAGUCUGAAAGAUAUAUCUGGUAGCUGUUUUCCAACGAGGGCUGACCGAAUUGACGGCAAUUGUUGAAAUUGAUCCAAGGUGUUAGUUCUAGAGAGUUCCUGGCCUCCCACUGCAGGUUGCAAUUGGCUCCAGACUAUAAGGGAGAUUAGGCAGACGGUGAGGAACGCCUUGGUAAGGUUCCCGAAAUUUUAGUUAUCCCCUGGCGCAGGGAGAGAAGCCAUUGUAGUACAACAUCUGGAGAGGACCUUGAUGAUGGGUUUUCCUCUUAUGAGGUUUUGCCCCACAUGCGAUUGGCCGGGGAGAUUUCGAUCUCGUCCUUGGGGUAGCAAGUCAAGGUCACCUGCUCGACACCUGCCAAGACCAGUAAUUUUAGUGCAAGCUGAAGGACUUGACAACUGCAAACCUGUCCUCAGGAUGCCAAUUUAAUUAUCUAAAUCACUUAAUUCACUAUUGAAUUUUCAAUAUGAUCUUCAGAAAAUAGCAUUUUAUGGGCUAGGCUUGUUCAUGCAUUUAAAGAUGGAUUAAAUAAAUUGCAAAAAACUCCUUUGGUAAAAAAUCAUGAAAGUUCAGGAGAAUCAGAAGAAGAUCUGGAUGAAAGCAUUGUAGCACCAUCAUGGAAUGUUCGAUAG